UGGACGUGAACACGACGAGGAAGAUGCUGGCGCAGUUGCUUGCAUCCUUUGGUGUGCUGGUGGUUUUCGUUCGGAUAUCGUUCUCCACUGAAGAUGUGCCGAUAGGUGGGAUCUUUGACCGCAGUUCUGUCCAGGCUAUGACGGCCUUCCGUCACGAGGUGCAGGUCUUCAACAGCGAGUAUGUCCGGCACUACAGCUACCACAUGAGAAACGAGACAGUUGUCUUGGACGUCUCGGACAGUUUCGCCGUCAGCAAUGCACUGUGUCAACAUUUAUCUAAAGGUGUCCUGGCCAUAUUCGGUGUGUCCAGAGCCUCCUCCCUGGCCACUAUCCAGUCCUACACGGACACAUUUAACGUGCCUUUUGUGACGAUCAGCCUAGCUCACAACAACAGCAACAGGGGCGCCUACCAGAUCUACAUGAAGCCCUUGGCCAUCAACGCCCUCGUGGACGUCAUCUUUCACUACAAGUGGGAUAAGGUGGAUGUGUACUACGACUCGGAUGAAGGUCUAGUCCGGCUCCAGCAGCUGUUCCAGGUGUGCAGCAAGUACGAGCCCAUGUCCGUCACCAUAGACGCCAAACGGAUCACGACGGCAGACGAGUGCUACAGGAGUCUACGUGACCAGCACCUCUCUGAUGUCGAGAUGGACAUACGGGUCCUACUGGACAUGACGACCGAGAAGGCGGAGCAAAUCAUUCUACACGUGAUGAACGACACAAACGUCAAUAACGGGAAGUUCCAUUUCCUACUCGGUGAUUUGAGCAUGCUAGAGAUGAACCUGAGCCACUUUAAAAUUGGAGGUGUCAACAUCACCGGCUUCCAACUUGUGGACGCCAACAACUCGACUGCUGAUAUUUUUCUGUCCAAGUGGUCAAAUCUUGACCCUCUAGCCUGGCCUGGGGCGGGGAGCAGGAACAUCAACUAUGAGGCUGCGCUGGCCGCUGAUUCUGUCCGGCUGUUCCGGAGAGCGCUGGCCUCUAUUUUGAACCGUGAGCCCAACUUCUUACGUCACAGCCGGCAGCCAGGCGUAGGCAAGCCGGUCAAGUGCACGGACGACUCAGAGGUCAGGACUGCCCACGGGAAUAUUGUCCUGGAGGAGAUGAAGAAGACAAAAUUUGAAGGAAUCACUGGCCAUGUUGCAUUUAAUGAACACGGGCAAAGAAAAGAUUUUACUCUAGACGUGUACAACAUCGCUAUGACAAGAGGGACAGCUAAGAUAGGUUAUUGGAGCGAAAGAGAGGGAAAGUUUCAAGUGCAGUUACCUCGCUUGUAUCGGGGUCACGAGAAUAGUCAUGUGAACAGAACACGGAUCAUCACAACAAUACAGAAAGACCCGUACGUCAUGUUUAAGAAUGGAGUUCAAGACGGCACCCCGUUCAUUGCUGUUGAGAAACUUGAAGGAUUUUGCAUCGAUCUAACAAUAGCCGUCGCCAAAGAGAUCAAUUUUGAUUACGUCAUAAAGUUCGUCAAGGACAGCAACUACGGCACCUUGUUGAAAAACGGAACUUGGGACGGCAUCGUUGGGGAGCUGAUAAGACAUGAAGCGGACAUGGCCAUAGCGCCGUUCACGAUCACGGCCGAUCGAUCGCGAGUGAUCGAUUUCACCAAACCGUUCAUGAGUAUGGGCAUCUCGAUCAUGAUCAAAAGACCCCAGCCCCCGGGCAAACAUUUUUUCUCCUUCAUGGAGCCGCUGUCGUCAGAGAUCUGGAUGUGUAUCGUCUUCGCUUACAUUGGUGUCAGUGUGGUGCUCUUUCUGGUCAGUAGGUUCAGCCCCAACGAGUGGCACUCACCCACCGUCCAGCCCUCGGUCAUCAACGAUUUCUCCAUCUCCAACUCGCUCUGGUUCUCUUUGGGUGCUUUCAUGCAGCAGGGAUGUGAUAUAUCACCCAGGUCCAUCUCUGGGCGGAUCGUGGGGUCCGUCUGGUGGUUCUUCACCCUCAUCAUCAUCUCCUCCUACACCGCCAACCUGGCCGCCUUCCUCACCGUCGAGCGGAUGUUGACGCCCAUAGAUUCAGCCGAGGACCUGGCCAGGCAAACCGAGAUACAGUACGGGACAAUCGUGUCCGGGAGCACUAAGGCAUUUUUCAUGAAAUCUCAGUUCCAGACCUACCAACGUAUGUGGGCCUACAUGACGUCAGCGGUCCCGUCCGUCUUUGUCCAGACCCACGAGGACGGCAUCCGGCGCGUGCGGUCGUCCAACGGGAAAUACGCAUACCUGACCGAGUCCUCCACCAUCGAUUACGUCAGCAACCGGAAGCCAUGUGACACGCUGAAAGUCGGGAACAACUUGAAUUCUGACGGGUUUGGGAUCGCCACACCUGUGGGGUCAGAUCUCAGGGAAAGGCUCAAUUUCGCGGUUCUAAAGUUCCGUGAAAACGGGGCCCUGGCCAAGUGGGAGAAGUUCUGGUUUGACAAGGGUGAAUGCCCUCAGUACAGCUCCAAGUCGGAUAGUGCUCAAAGUGCCUUGACCUUGGCCAACGUGGCGGGUAUCUUCUACAUUCUGAUUGGCGGGCUCGUCAUCGCCGUCAUUUCCGCCGCCAUCGAGUUCGUCUACAAGUCUAAGAUGGACGCUCACAAGUCGAGGAUGUCUUUCGGCUCAGCUUUAAAGUCCAAAGCGAGGCUGUCCUUCAAAGGUCAUAUAGACACGGAACCAAGGUCAAUGAACGGUACCAGGAGACGAUCUCAUACGUCAUCAACGUACACCUACUCAGGGCCCUCCAACGUCGUCGGUGCCAGCCACGCUUUUGAAGACACGAACACACACACAGAGGUGUGA